UGAAACUAGAAACUUCUCCUGGCUACAGUGUGUUGUAGAUGUCUGCCCCAAAACCAUGUAUUCAGCAAGGACUUGUAAUAUGUAGAAGUAAGUAAGGGCAUUUUAUAUGUAGAAGGCACAUAUGCUGAAGUAAUCCGUGGUGUAAUUUAUGUAAAACAGACUUAUUUAAGAUUAAAUUGGAUGUCUUCUUAAAAUGGCUACAGUUUUAGGGCAGUUUAUGGAGUUUCACCCAAUUCACGGUGCCAACGUGAAACUGGACUGCUGUGGGACUAAGGCCACUCGUGUUGAAAGCUUUGCUAAUGGAAUCUGCUUUAGUAAACAUCCUUUAAACCCUGGAGAGAUUUUCUUGGUGGAAAUCGAGGACAAGGAAAUAGGCUGGUGUGGCCACCUCAGGAUUGGACUAACAGCACAAGAUCCUCAAAAGCUGGAGACAGUUCCUGAGUAUUCCCUGCCUGACCUGGUGGACCAAGGAGGAAGCUGGGUGUUUGCCAUAACCAGAAAUCAUAACAAAGUUAUUGAUGAAGAAGUUCAGGAAGCCCAAGAAGCAGGUGGGCAGCAAGCAGAUGGGAAUGAGGGUGGCAAUGUUAAAAUGUUUUUCACUGAAAGUUACUUGUAUAUAGAAAAUGUGUGCAUACCAAAGGACAAGUUGGUGGGACGUAGUCGGCCUGGACGAUUUAGUCACAUCCUGGAUGAUCUGUAUAAAAUAAAUGCUUUGCCACCCACUGCCAGGCGCAGUCGGAUAGGAGUUUUGUUUGUGCCAAAAAGACAAGGUUUUGCUGAUAUGCAUAUUGUCAUCAAUGGUGAAGACAUGGGUGCAAGUGCCAAAGGAAUUCCCACCAGUGAGCCUCUCUAUGCUGUUGUGGAUGUAUUUGCUGCUACUAAAAGUGUCAGAAUUAUACAAGUGGAAUAUGGCCUUCCCUCACUGCAGACACUUUGUCGAAAAACUAUUCAGAAGCACAUCAUUCACAGAAUGGCUUUGGACUGGUUAGAGCUCCCAGAGAUGCUAAAACAUUACUGUAAAUUUGAGUAACAAAGUCCUGGGAGAACUGGAAAUGCUCUGACAGCAAAAUAGUUUACACACUCUGAACAGUGUUGGAUUAUAACAUCUGUUUAACAAGUUAAACAGUUAUAUAUACGUAAGAAAUUAUUAUUAUUUAUUGUUUAACCACCUUUAAUUCUUCCAUGUUCAUCUUGAAUAAACUGAGGCUAUAGUAUCCCUAUUCUAAGACAUUUUUGACCUUUAAAGUGUGCUGCAUGUCAGUAAAAUAUCAGUACAUUGAUUUAAUGUAGAAAGCAUGGCUUACCUUACCUUACAUUACAUAUUUUACAAAUUAAUAAAAACAAACCAACAAACCAACCAUAUACAGUAUCUCACAAAAGUGAGUACAUCCCUCACAUUUUU